UCCUGAGAUUCCCGAAGUUGGGGCAUCCUACACGUAAAUGUGUCAGCCGGCGACACGCAGGCGGAGAACGGCGGACGGUCUCAGUCUUGCCGAACGUUCGCGAGAGUUCAAACGUACACAGUAAAACCCGUGCUCACAGUCUCGAAAAUGGCAAGAAGUGGUGUCACCGCGUUGAGUCUGGUCUGCAUGUUGGCCCUUCUGGAAUUCGGGUCCUGCUUGAAGUGUUACCAAUGUGUCUCGGAGAACACCAGGGACUGUGCGGCAGCUACGCCCCCGAAAAAUUUGAUUGUGGACUGCGCCACGCAAGACUCUGUGAACUUCAACAGGCUGUACUUGGGCGGUAUCCUGCCCCGUGACAUUGACGAUGGCGUACUUGGAGCAUCGCGCUUCUGCCACAAGAUCGUCAUGAAGAACGGCGCCGUCGCCAGGACGUGCCUCGUCGGAGAUGCUCACAACCUCAACCUCAGCUGCACCCUCAUAGAGGGCGCCGCCCGCAUCUUCACCGACCCCGCCAAGCAGAUCCAGCACUGCAGCGCGUGCGACAAGGACGAGUGCAACUCCGCCGGCGCCAUCGCCGUCUCACUCCCACUCGCCUUCCUUGGCCUUGUGCUCUCGUACUUUGUUUCCCAGCAAUAAUAAACAAAAUAGCAAACAAUGAUAGCUUCAGGUCCUAGCUAGCACCCUACGCUCACGCGCUCUUGCUAUUGUAUUUGAGGGUGUACAAUUUCUGUGUGUCAGACUUAAAAAAAAUAUUUAACACAUUCACUGCCAACGUUUUCGUAGCGCUACGCUCGUAUCCGAUCCCAGCGUUUUUCCGCUUUGUAAACGAAAGCGACUACGAACAGAGCGCCCACCCAGCGAGUUCCCGGCACUCAAUGUGUUAAAGGAUUCCAUUUUUAUCUAGAUACCUAUUAUAAGAAAAUGUUACAGUGAGAUGAAAAUUUUAAAAGUCGAAUGAACAAUUUAUACGUAGAGAGAUUUAUAAAGUUAUGUUAAUCUCAUCAUUGAAACCUAAACCAGUGUCUUAUAAAAAGGUAAGUAAUAAUAUUUAUGUGUUGUUCGCUUCACAUUUAUUUUAUAUUUAAUUAGUUAUUUACACAACACAGUAAGAGCUUAAGAUAUGAAGUCUGAUACUACAGUAAAACAACGUUUACGAGACAAGACUUAAAGUGAAAACAUACGGCCUUUAGUAAAGGACUGUUCAAUAUCAUUGUUGUUUAUUUUGCAAUGUUAUACGUAGUUGUAACAUCAUUUGUAGUGAUAGGAUAUAAAUAAGCAUUCAUAAGAAACACUUAUGUAAAGCAUAGGUAAGCUAUAGGGAAAAUAUAUAAAUAUAUUACUUAUGUAAAAUCGUUACCGAAAGAUAUCGAUUGUUUGCUUAGUGUCUAUGUACCUGGUACCUGUAAAAACCUCCUGAAUCUCAUACACAUUACCACACCCACAAUAAACACGUGUAUUAUAUAAAUAUUUUAAAAUUUAAUGUAAAGUUUUAUCUAUUCAAUUUUAAAAUAAUAUUGAUUAGAAUCCAAACCCAAUUUUGUAUCAGUAUUUAUUUCAAGUUCGAACAUGUAAUUACACAUUUUUGAAGCAUUUCUUAUGUUUUAGGCAUGGCCGUCCUUGUAAGUUUAUUUUAAUAAAAGUUAAGAAUUAA